AUGUACAGUUUGAGGGAGUUUUUGCAGGACUCACCGUCUCAUGAACACGUGCUCGAACAUUAUCAACUCCCAAAUGUGCCAGUUCCAAGUCUAACUGGCGCUGGCGAUGCCUUCAACCCCAACCCGGUAGCGCAGCCCAAUCUUUAUUACCCAACUGAGCCCACCUUCAUAUUUACACCCACCCAAGCGCUUUCUUUUGUGGGUGGAUAUCCUUCUUGUGCGCGUUUCAAUCAAUCCCCACCCACUGUAGAGGCUUCACCUAUUGCCCCACGUCUCAAUCAAUCCCCGCCUGCUGCAGAAGCUUCACCCAUUGCCCCGCGUCUCAAUCAAUCCCCGCCCGCCGCAGAGGCUUCACCCAUCGCCCCAGCCAGUAACGCCCCAGCCAGUACUGGUGGUGAGAAGCGUGGAUGCGAACCAUGUGAAGGGGAGCAGUCGUAUGUCCCCACAAAAUGCCAGAAGGCUAAGGAUGGCACCAGACACCGCACCGCUAGUGAAACCAUGCCCGCGAAUCUUCAAGAUGGUCGAGGUAAACGUCAACGAGUUCAAUCCAAGCGUGCCGCAGAAGCUAACAACAUCGGUGGACCAUUCGUGAGUCGGAAGGCUGCGCGUAAAUGA